AUGGCAUUGGCUCUUGGCGCUUUGUGGGCGUGGAGUGUCUACGACAAAGCAGUCAUUUCUUAUUAUUCCAGCAAGUACAAACCUGCACCCUUACCCAAGGAGCCGAGCUACAGUCCGGCGGAUGUCAGCAUCAUAGUUCCGACAAUCGAUACUGAGUCGACAUUUACGGAAUGUAUGCGUCUCUGGCUGAAGUCAAAGCCACGAGAAGUCAUCAUCGUGACAGUUGAACGAAAUAGAGACCGCAUCGUGCGACUAUUGGAGCCUCUCAAAGAGGAUGCUGACAAGAUUGUCAUCCUCUGUGCGCCAUUAGCCAACAAACGAGUGCAGCUGGUUGUGGGUGUCAAGGCUGCUCGAGGUAGUAUCCUCGCCUUGGUGGACGACGACGUGUACUGGCGGGCUGCAGGUGUGCUCCCAUAUCUCUUGGCACCUUUUGAGAAUGCCAAGGUCGGCGCAGUUGCUGGCAUACAGAGUGCUGAGAUCCGUACUGAUCGCCAAGAUCCAAACGUUAUAACGGUAUGGGAAGCCACUUCGACGUAUGACCUAUGCCAGUGGAAGGGUUCUCGCGAGGUACACUUUGCUGCCGACGGAGGCUGCUGGUGUUUGUCCGCUCGAACGCUACUCAUCCGCGCUUCUAUCCUACAAGAUCCAUCUUUUGUUAAUACCUACACCCACGAGAUUAUUGGCCAUAAGUUGGUGAACACUGCGGAUGACGUUGUCCUGACCGGUUGGGUGUUCGAUAGCGGAUGGGAGGUCUUCAUUCAAAACGUUCCCGAAGCGGAGAUCACCACCAAUAUUCCUGAGGACCAUAAGUUUGCCUUGCAGAUUCUUCGUUGGGACAGAGGAAACUUUCGUACGUUUCUCGGAUACAUCUUCGUCCACCCAGGACUCCCAAAACUGAUGCGAUUUGCAUUCUUGGCUUGGGUGAUAGGUGGCUGGGGCGGAUGGGUUUCGUCUUACAAAUCCUUCCUCAAAAAGUACCCCUACUGCGGCCGUCAAUGGUGGGGAUUCAUCGUUAUGGAUCUGUUUGGUCCUGUCGUGGACAUCUAUGUCUACUUCACGAUGAACAACGAUAGCUGGUUAACAAGAGUAGCAGACAUUCAAGAGAUGAAAUAA